CUUAUCACCGGCAUGACGUAUUGUAGAAUAACACAAAUUACUUCACUUGCCGAUUGCAGUGUUCUUUAAAACUUUGUUUAUUUUAUUUAGUGGUACAUUUAUAAAUUGUUGGAUUGCGACUUUGGGUACGAAUGAUCGUUGAGCGUGGAGCGUCAGCUCACCGGCUGGUCGCGAUGACGACCGACAUCUCCGUGUCCCGCUGGGACCCGUCCAUCGGCCAUGGCCAGGAGAUCAUCGACGACUUCGAGUACGACGGCGGCAACUCCUCGUCCCGCUUGUUCGAGAGGUCCAGGAUCAAGGCGCUUGCUGACGAGCGUGAGAGCGUGCAGAAGAAGACGUUCCAGAAAUGGGUGAACUCCCACUUGGUCCGCGUCGGGUGCCGCAUCGGGGACCUCUACGUGGACAUGCGCGACGGGAAGAACCUGCUGAAGCUGCUGGAGGUGCUGUCUGGGGAGAGGCUGCCCCGCCCAACCAAGGGCAAGAUGCGGAUCCACUGCCUCGAGAACGUGGACAAGGCUCUCCAGUUCUUGCGAGAGCAGCGAGUGCACCUGGAGAACAUGGGCUCGCACGACAUCGUGGACGGCAACCCAAGGCUCAACCUGGGGCUCAUCUGGACCAUCAUCCUGCGGUUCCAGAUCCAAGACAUUACCAUCGAAGAGACAGAUAACAAGGAGACUAAAUCCGCCAAGGACGCCUUACUAUUAUGGUGUCAAAUGAAGACGGCCGGCUAUAACAACGUGAAUGUACGCAACUUCACAACAUCCUGGCGCGACGGGUUGGCGUUCAACGCCAUCAUACACAAGCACAGACCAGACCUGGUGCAGUUUGAGAAGCUGCAUAGGAGCAACCCGAUACACAACUUGAAUAAUGCCUUCAAUGUUGCUGAGGACAAGCUGGGGCUUACUAAGCUGCUGGAUGCUGAAGACAUCGCAGUGGACCACCCCGACGAGAAGUCCAUCAUCACGUACGUGGUGACGUACUACCACUACUUCAGCAAGAUGAAGCAGGAGACGGUGCAGGGCAAGCGCAUCGGCAAGGUGGUCGGCAUCGCCAUGGAGGACGAGCGCAUGCAGCGCCAGUACGAGACGCUCACCAGUGACCUGCUGCAAUGGAUCGAGCAGACGAUCGAGGCGCUCGGCGACCGCACGUUCGCGAACUCGCUGGAGGGAGUUCGCCAGCAGUUACUGCAGUUCGCCAACUACAGGACCGUCGAGAAGCCGCCCAAAUUCGUCGAAAAGGGCAACCUCGAGGUGCUCCUCUUCACUCUCCAGUCCCGCAUGCGAGCGGCCAACCAGAAGCCGUACACGCCUCGAGAAGGCCGUAUGAUCCACGACAUCAACCGCGCCUGGGAACGCCUGGAGAAGGCCGAACAUGAGAGGGAACUGGCGUUGAGAGAUGAGCUGAUUAGGCAGGAGAAACUGGAGCAGCUGGCUGCUAGAUUCAACCGCAAAGCCCAGAUGCGUGAAACCUGGCUAUCGGAGAACCAACGUCUGGUCUCCCAAGACAACUUCGGGUUCGACCUGGCGGCCGUGGAGGCGGCGGCCAAGAAGCACGAGGCCAUCGAGACCGACAUCUUCGCUUAUGAGGAGAGAGUGCAGGCGGUGGUCGCUGUGUGCUCGGAGCUUAAUACUGAGAGAUACCACGACAUCGAGCGCGUGUCCGCCCGCCGCGACAACGUGCUCCGCCUGUGGGCGUACCUGCUGGAGCUGCUGCGAGCCAGGCGCGCGCGCCUCGAGCUGUCGCUGCAGCUGCAGCAGAACUUCCAGGAGAUGCUAUACAUCCUGGACUCGAUGGAAGAGAUCAAGAUGCGUCUGCUCACAGACGACUACGGGAAACAUCUGAUGGGAGUCGAGGACCUGCUCCAGAAACACGCGUUGGUUGAGGCCGAUAUCAAUGUGCUCGGGGAACGGGUUAAGGUGGUAGUCGGCCAAUCGCAGCGCUUCCUCGAGGCCGAGGAACUAGGCUACCGGCCGUGCGACCCCGCCAUCACCGUGGAACGCAUCCAGCAGCUGGAGAACGCCUACGCACAGCUCGUGCACCUGGCCGUGGAGCGCAGGAAGCGUCUCGAAGACAGCCGCAAGCUGUGGCAGUUCUACUGGGACAUGGCCGACGAGGAGAACUGGAUCAAGGAGAAGGAGCAGAUCGUGUCUGUGGACGAUAUCGGACAUGAUCUUACUACCGUGUACCUGCUGAUAUCCAAGCACAAGGCUCUAGAAGCGGAUGCACAAGCUCACGAGCCCCAGCUGAUGGGAGUGGCGGCCGUGGGCGACGAGCUCGUGUCUCAGGGACACUUCGGAGCCGACAGGAUACAGGACCGCCUCCGCGACAUCCUGUCCCAGUGGAACCACCUUCUAGACCUGGUGUCUCUGCGCAAGAACCGGCUGGACGCGGCCGUGCGCUACCACCAGCUGUUCGCCGACGCCGACGACGUUGACCAGUGGAUGUUGGACACUCUGAGACUGGUAUCCUCGGAAGACACCGGCGUGGACGAGUCGCAGGUGCAGAGCCUGCUCAAGAAGCACAAGGACGUCACCGACGAGCUCAAGAACUACGCCAACAUCAUACAGCAGCUGAAGCAGCAGGCCUCCGAACUCAGCCCAGAAGACGCAUCCAGCACAGAAGUCCUGGAACGUUUAGCCGCCAUCGACGCCCGCCACGGCGAACUCACAGAACUGGCUCGUCUGCGCAAACAACGCCUGUUGGACGCUCUCUCACUGUUCAAGUUACUGGGAGAGGCUGAUGCUGCUGAGCAGUGGAUGGCUGAGAAGAACCGCAUGUUGGAUACCAUGGUGCCGCCGAAGGAUAUCGAUGAUGUGGAGAUUAUGAAGCACCGCUACGACGGCUUCGACGCGGAGAUGAACGCGAACGCGGGCCGAGUGGCCGUCGUGAACCAGCUGGCGAGACAACUGCUGCACGUGGAACACCCGCAGACCGCGCAGAUACAGGCGCGCCAGCACCGGCUCAACCAGGCGUGGGCCGAGCUGCGGGAGAAGGCUGAAGCCAAGAAGGACGAGCUCAAGUCCGCCCAAGGAGUGCAGACAUUCCACAUCGAGUGUCGUGAGACAGUUUCCUGGAUUGAAGACAAGAAGAGGAUCCUGCAGCAGACCGACAACCUGGAGAUGGACCUUAAUGGUGUAAUGACGCUCCAACGCCGCCUGUCCGGCAUGGAGCGCGACCUGGCCGCCAUCCAGGCGCGCAUCUCUUCGCUGGAGGCGGAGGCGGCGGCCAUCGAGCAGGAGCGGCCCGAGGAGGCGGCCGUGCUGCGCGAGCGCGUGCAGCAGAUCACCGCCGUCUGGCACCAGCUCACACUCAUGCUGAAGGAGCGUGACUCCAAACUAGAAGAGGCGGGUGACCUGCACCGCUUCCUGCGCGCCGUCGACCACUUCCAGGCGUGGCUCACCAAGACACAGACCGAUGUGGCUUCCGAAGACACUCCCUCGAGCCUGGCGGACGCGGAGAAGCUGCUCUCCCAGCACCAGACCAUCAAGGAGGAGCUGGACAACUACAAGGACGAGUACGCCAAAAUGAUGGAGUACGGGGAGAAGAUUACUGCCGAGCCAUCCACCCAAGACGACCCUCAAUACAUGUUCCUGCGCGAGCGUCUCAAGGCUCUGCGCGAGGGCUGGGCCGAGCUGCAGCAGAUGUGGGAGAACCGGCAGCAGCUGCUGACGCAGAGCCUCGAGCUGCAGCUGCUGCAGCGCGACGCGCGCCAGGCCGAGGUGCUGCUGGCGCAGCAGGAGCACAGGCUGGCCAAAUCCGAAGCUCCGAUCAACUUGGAGCAAGCCGAGAACCAGAUCAAAGAACACGAGGCGUUCCUCACGACCAUGGAGGCCAACGACGACAAGAUCAACUCAGUCGUGCAGUUCGCAUCCCGCCUCGUCGAAGAACACCACUUCGACUCCGACAAGAUACAACGCAAGGCCGAGAGCAUCGAACAGCGCAGACACGCCAACCGCGAAAGGGCCCUACAACAGAUGGAGAAACUGCAAGACCAAUUGCAGUUGCAUCAGUUCUUGCAAGACUGCGAUGAGCUGGGAGAAUGGGUUCAGGAGAAGAAGGUUACUGCUGAAGAUGAUACCUACAGGUCGGCAAAGACGAUCCACUCUAAGUGGACACGUCAUCAAGCGUUUGAAGCAGAAAUCGCAGCGAACAAAGAACGCCUGUUCGCCGUCCAGAACGCCGCUCAAGACCUGAUGAAGCAGAAACCGGAGUUCGCCGAAGUCAUUUCACCCAAAAUGUCCGAACUGCAAGACCAGUUCGAGAAUCUGCAGACCACAACCAAAGACAAGGGUGAGCGUCUGUUUGACGCUAACCGCGAAGUGUUGUUGCACCAGACGGUGGAUGACAUCGACUCAUGGAUGAACGAACUCGAGAAGCAGAUCGAAAACACAGACACCGGCACUGACCUCGCCUCUGUCAACAUCCUGAUGCAAAAACAACAGAUGAUCGAAACCCAGAUGGCAGUGAAAGCCCGUCAAGUGACAGAACUGGAGACCCAAGCGGAAUACCUCCAGAAGACUGUUCCGGACAAGAUGGAAGAGAUCAAAGAGAAGAAGAAGGCUGUGGAGCAGAGGUUCGAGCAGCUGAAGGCGCCGUUGUUGGACCGGCAGAUGCACCUGUCCAAGAAGAAGGAGGCAUUCCAGUUCCGUCGCGACGUAGAAGACGAGCAACUCUGGAUCCACGAGAAAAUGCCAGUCGCCAACAGCGCAGACUUUGGCAACACUCUGUUCAACGUGCAAAUGCUUCAGAAGAAGAACGAGACGCUCAAGACAGAGACGGACAACCACGAGCCGCGAAUCCUGACGGUUAUUGCCAACGGGCAGAAGCUGAUAGAUGAGGGACAUGCGGCCACGCCUGAGUUCAAGAAGCUUAUUGAUGAUUUGACCGCCAGUUGGCAGGAACUUAAAGAUGCCAUCGAGAAGCGCAAGACGAACUUAGCCCAAUGGGAGCAAGCCCAGCAGUACUUGUUCGACGCCAACGAGGCCGAGGCGUGGAUGUCAGAGCAGGAGCUGUACAUGAUGGUUGAGGAGAGAGGGAAGGACGAGAUCUCUGCGCAGAACCUGAUGAAGAAGCACGAGAUCCUGGAGCAGGGCGUGGAGGACUACGCGCACACCAUCCGCGCGCUCGGCGACACGGUCCGCCACCUGACUGCCGGCAACCAUCCGCUGAGCGAACAAAUCUCCGUGAAGCAAUCGCAAGUGGACAAACUCUACGCCGGCCUCAAGGACUUGGCGGGCGAGCGUCGCGCCAAGCUAGACGAGGCUCUACGCCUGUUCCAGCUGUCCAGAGAGGUCGACGACCUGGAGCAGUGGAUCACGGAGCGCGAGCUGGUGGCCUCGAGCCACGAGCUGGGGCAGGACUACGACCAUGUCACUCUCCUCUGGGAACGCUUCAAGGAGUUCGCUCGCGAGACUCAAGCCGUGGGUUCAGAACGAGUGGCCACCGCCGAGCGCAUAGCAGACCAGAUGAUCGCCAUGGGACACUCGGACAAUGCCACCAUCGCCCAGUGGAAGGAAGGGCUUAAAGAGACCUGGCAGGAUCUGCUGGAGCUCAUCGAAACUAGGACUCAGAUGCUAGCAGCCUCCCGUGAGCUCCACAAAUACUUCCACGACUGCAAGGACGCCUUACAACGAGUGAACGAGAAGGCACGAGGCGUCAGCGAGGAGUUGGGAAGAGACGCACUGAGUGUCGGCGCUCUGCAGAGGAAACAUACCACCUUCAUGCAGGACCUGACUACUCUGCAGCUGCAGGUGGAAGCCAUAACAUCCGAGUGCGACCGCCUCGGCGCCUCCUACGCCGGCGACAAAGCCGCCGAGAUCUCCCGCCGCUGCGGCGAAGUACGACAGGCGUGGGACGCCCUGCAAACCGCCUGCUCCGCUCGCAAGGCCAAGUUGGAGGACGCCGAUGACUUGUACAAGUUCCUGAACAAAGUCCGCACGCUGACGAUUUGGAUGGACGAUGUUGUGAGGCAGAUGAAUACUAAUGAGAAGCCGAGAGACGUGAGCGGCGUGGAGCUGCUAAUGAACAACCACCAGUCCCUAAAAGCCGAGAUCGACACCCGCGAAGACAACUUCUCAUCCUGCAUCAACCUGGGCAAAGAACUGUUGUCUCGUCAACACUACGCCUCGGCGGAUAUCAAGGAGAAGCUUGUGGCGUUGACUAACAACAGGAAUGCUUUACUGCGCCGUUGGGAGGAGAGAUGGGAGAAUCUGCAGCUUAUCCUGGAAGUCUACCAGUUCGCGCGCGACGCGGCCGUGGCCGAGGCGUGGCUGAUCGCCCAACAGCCGUACCUCAAGUCGCAGGAGCUGGGCCACACCAUCGACGAGGUGGAGAGCCUCAUCAAGAAGCACGAGGCGUUCGAGAAGAGCGCCGCGGCGCAGGAGGACCGGUUCAGCGCGCUCACCCGCCUCACCACUUUCGAAGUGAAAGAGAUGAAGCGCCGCCAGGAGCUAGCAGAAGCCGCCGAACGAGAGAAGCGCGAGCGAGAGGCGGCUGAGGCGGCGGCGGCGGCGGCUCAAGACGCCGUGGACCGAGCCGCCUCGCCUGAACAGCAGCCGCAGGUGGUCAGGAGAAGCUCCACCAAAGCGCCGGAGAAGGCGCAAGAGCGACCGCACUCGCAGCCAGAGCUCGCUGCGGUGGCGCCCUCUACGUCAAAGCAGACACCGGCCAAGCCCGCACGCCUCUCUACUGGUCCAAGCACGAGUAUAUCGAGCCCGCCCAGCACGGGUAAGAUCAAGUCCCGGUCUCGAAGCAAGUCGCCGUUCAGAAGCUUCAGAUGGAAGACCGCCAAGAAGCUCAUCGCCGGAUCGCAUCACAGUGAUGACGAAGAAGGUGCAAGUCCGGGUGGCGAAGACGAGGGCGUAGAAGGCACUUUGGUCCGCAAACACGAAUGGGAGUCCGCCGCUAAGAGAGCUUCCAACAGAUCCUGGGACAAAGUGUACGUGGUAGCCAAAGGCGGGCGCAUGUCGUUCUACAAGGACCAGAAGGCGUACUCGGCCAGCCCCGAGCAGUGCUGGCGCGCGGAGGCGCCGCUCGACCUCACCGGGGCUGCCGUCGAGGUCGCCGCCAACUACACCAAGAAGAGGCACGUCUUCAGACUCAGACUGGCGUCAGGCGCGGAGUUCCUCCUGCAGGCGCACGACGAGGCGGAGAUGUCGUGGUGGCUGGAGGGGCUGCGCGCGCGCACGGCGGCGCCCGCGUCGCGCUCGCACACGCUGCCGGCGCCCGCCAAGGACGAGCCCAAGCGCCGCUCCUUCUUCACACUCAAGAAGAAGUCAGUGCAACUGGUUACAUUCGCAUUAGCGCCGUAGCAACGCAUGUGGCUCGCUAAAUCCACCGGCGGAGCGACGUCCGAGCCCAUCGAUGACACCGACUGUUGUAUUCUGAUAUUUCCUCAUUACGCACGUUGCAACCCGUACUCGGCCGCGUACAAUAUCGUACUACACGGUACCACAAUGUACCACCCGGUACCACAAUGUACCACGUAGUACAGAGUACGCGCACUGAUGUACGAUACGUUUCUCACUGCGCUUGCUGCGUGUAAGCUUGGCUAAUGACGAAAUGGUCUCAUACGACAGAACGUCGAUUGAAAACGAUAAUUUAUUACAAAAAUCCAAUACAUAAUUAUAGUAAUGUUAUUAUUUUGUUGCGUACAAACGUUAUUUAAGACUGUUCGGUAAAUGAGUGUUUGGUUUGCCUUCGCGUAUCUAUCUGUGUAUGUCUAUGGCCCGUUUGUAGGUAUCCGUACUAAAUGCUAAAUAACGGUGUGUUUAAGUAAUUCCCAAAUGUGUAUGAUCCCCCAUCCCGUAAUCAUGUAAUACUUGUUGUAACUUGAAAACAUUUAUAAAUUUAUGAAAUUACUUAGUAAAAAAUUCUAAUUCGACGAGCUAUAAGUGAGUAAAAUGAUUUAGCGUUUAAUCCAGAAUGAGAAGUAUAUAUAUUUUAAUGAUAUAUAUGAAAAGUGAUAGUGUAAUAUACAUUCGUUUGAAUAUAAAAAAAAAUACUAGAGAUGAAUGUCAUUUAAAUCUUACUACUUCAUACGUAGAAAUUUUAUUAGACUCCUUUAAUUAUGAAAAGACCAAUAAUUACCUACCACUUGACGGAAUAUGAGUAUCACAUUUGAUAUUAAAUUUCAACUUAUUUAUAGUGUAAGCCUCUGAGUAUGAUAAUCGCAUUUACAAUAGAGCCCAGGGGGGUCACUCUAUAUGACGAAAAAUGAAGUUUUUGAGCGCUCACAACUCUAUCUCGUUGUAUUAAACGUGCCGAUUGCACGACAGAUCUCGUUAGUUCGUAUUUCGUCAGUGUAGAGUAACCCUCCAGAUUCGGCUUCUCUACAGCUUGGCUAUUCGUCAUUGACAUUGUUCUUAGAGUAAGAGAACGUAAUUUACAUAGAUUUAAUAUUUGAUUUAUAUAUAAAAAGUGUCUUCUUCGAUCCCGCAGCGUUGUCGCUUGAUCGUAUUUCUUAAAUUAUUCAUUAAAACGGAAUAUUUGUAUGGUAAUGCGAGUGUGUGACUCGGUCAAGCGUCAACGCUACGGGAGCUUUAGUAUUGGACGUGUAAGUACGCUUGACGCCUCGUAAGUGCUUCUAAAAUGUGACGUAAUACGUGUCUUGAAACCGUUUAUGAACGUACGUAUUUAAUUUUAAAUUAUUUUUACUGCCAACCGUUCACAAAGUGUUAAUUUUGUAAGCGACUUUUAUUCUUAUGUCCACCCUACUUAGAUGUUAUCUUACACACUUUUUUAUUUCCUUUUUCAUGGUUAAUAUAUUAUUAUAUUAUACAUACUAUGUAAGUAGUGUGGUAGCGGGUCUCAUGGCCCACUGCCACAUGAUUUCACACUAUUGCAUGAGUACCUAUGUUUAAAAUAUUUUAUUUUAAAAUUUUACUUUUUUGAGGAAAAUAUAAUAAAUGAUGUUUUCAAAUAA